GGUUCAUUUUCGUCAUCAUUCCAGAAAAUCUCACAACAAUAAUCCCCUUCUUAUAAAUACCCCUGUACGCUUCAAACGUUACACAGACUUAUCAUUUCUAUUCGACAAUCAAAAACGUUUUUCACCCCCUCUCUUUUUUUUAUAUAUAUUUCGUGUAGGCGGUUUCGUUUCCAAUUUGCAAGCUUUUGAGCAACCCUUUUGUCUUAAAUUAAGAUGGUCAUCUUUAGUUUUCAACAAACAGUCAAGAUAGACGAGACCCAGUUGGCGAAUUGUUGAAUUCAGUUGUUUUUGGUUGAUUUUGAAGAGCCCUUUUCAGAUUUCAGUUUGAUGGAGGGUAGGAGAAGAUACAGGGGAGAUAAGUAUAAUCAAGAAGCUACAAAAGCUAAUAGAAAGUCAUCUGGAGGUGAUUGGCAACAAACUGUCCCUUCAUGGGAGAAGAAGUUUUGCACUUCAAUUUGUAAAGUUCCGUGGAACAGGAUCGUGGAUGCUAAGAAGUAUAUGCACUGCCAUGACAAUGUGGUUAAUUGGGAUGAUACUGCUGCGAAAGAAGCAUUUGACAAUGCCAAGAUGAGGUACUACGCAGAGACACAUGGUCUUCCUUGUGAGAUAGAAAUGCCAGAUCCUGAUGAAUAUAUUGAUGAAAUUGACUGGGAUUGCCGCGUUGAUCAAGACCUGCUACAUGACUUGGUGAAGAAACCAGUGGAUGUUGAUACAGCAAGGAAACGUGAGAAUAUCGUGAUUUUUGGUGACAGUUUCUUACAAGAUCAAGGAUUCUCGAGUACAGGUUGGGGAGAUGUUGUGGAAGAAUCUAAGGAAAAUCCUAAUAUUUCAUCUAACAUAGACGGAGAUAAACCUUGGGAACAAAAGGUUAGUCAAAACGAUGGACCUGUUGAAGGCAAUGCAUGGACAGAUUCAGGCUACAAUGCCUGGGGUUGGUAUGACAAUAAUAACACACCCAUGGGAGGUUACGGAUGGGGAGAUGGUUGGGGGUGUAGUGGUCCCAGUGGAUGGGGAGAUGGUUGGAAUGAUUCCCAGGGUUGGUAUCAUUAUGGAAAUAGUAAUGCACAAGAGUAUGUGGAGGAAGAUCCUAAUGCAAUAUAUGGGGGUUCAUCGUAUGGAGAGCAUCCAUGCAAGGGUUCAUCGUAUGCAGAGCAUCCACGCAAAGGGGGGGACACUGGAAAUAUUGAUCAAGGAUUUUGUGUGCCGGAGCACAGUGGUUACCUUCCACCAGAUAGUAGGUAUUAUAACAAUAAUUACAUGCCAAGGCAUGAAUACUCACAGUUUCAGGGCACCAACUACCAAAAGAAUCAGUCCAGGAGGAAGGCAGAUGGCGCGAGAAAUAGAGUAAAUUUUGUGUCUGAACAGCAAGCAACGAAUAAGUGGAGUGCUUCAAGGGAGAAGUUCACGACCUCAUGUGCACCUGUCGUUAGCAAUGUAUCUGGCAAACGCCAAAAUCGCUGGAGCAUGGAUAAGCCAGUCUCUUGAAACCCAGAAACAUUUCUAAAAGUAAUUCCAAAUUGGAUAGAGCUCCGUUCGGCUCGUUUGGUUGGGUUAAUUUAGGUUUGAGCUUGACUUUUUUGAAUGUGUUUGUGAAGUUAAAGUAUCAUUUGUUUGUUUGUUGA